UCCCUCUUCUUCUCCUUCUCCAUCUCUCUCUCUCUCCUGUUUCUGCGUUUCCCCUCUGCUUCUCUUUCUUUCAUACUUCAUUCGCCCCUCUCCCUUUCCCUCUCCCUCUCCCUCUCCCUCUCUCUCUCUCUCUCCCUCUUCUUCUUUUCUUUUUUCUUUUUCUUUUUUAUUAUUAUUUUGUUUUUGUUUUCGCUUUUUAUUAUUACUACCUCUCUACCUCUUCUUGUAUUAUCUUUUUCGAUAUUGGCCGUCCGGUCUGAACUCCCAUCCAGAUCUGAGACGAGGAUUCAAGAUUACAUACUCCAGAUCUGACAGACCAACCAUGGUGGUCAACGCCAGGCCCACCAAGAGGCUCGUCAAGAGGCGCGUCACUGCUGAUCUCAGUGACUUUCUUACCUUCCCCACCGACGCCGAUCUAGCCUCUCCCCUCGCCGCCAAGCCUUUCAGGACUACCGUCAGGGCCUUCCUCACCAAGCACGCCCUCCUUCCCCCCCCUUCCUCGCUUUUCCCCCACUUGCUCACCUGGCAGGUCCUUUUCCGCGUCGGCGACCUCCCUGCCGACGACGGCGGCCCAGCUGUCGUCUGUCUCGACGUCGUCGAGGACGACGUCGCCAGAUCCAGAUCCGUUUAUUGCGACCAGUGUCGUGUCGUUGGGUGGAGUAGUAAUCCCGUCAGUGCAAAGCGCUACCAUUUCAUAAUUAAGGCGGACGGCAAUUCUAUUGCUGGCUAUAAUAAAACCUGCGCUGGCUGCGGUGAUGCUCUUCAUAUGACAGAUUCCAGGUGCAAGUCAUGCAACCAUGUGAUGACUACUGAAGAUGUUGAAGACUGGAUGUAUCAGCAAUUGGAGAGUACAACACAUCUGUUGCAUGGCGUGGUUCAUGCGAAUGGAUAUGGCCAUCUCCUUAGGGUCAAUGGUAGGGAAGGUGGAUCCAGGUUGCUCUCUGGACGUCACAUAAUGAACUUCUGGGACCGGCUUUGCAAUAUGCUGGGAGUCAGAAAGGUCAGUGUCAUGGACGUGUCGAAGAAGAAUGGAUUGGAUUUCCGAUUGCUUCAUUCUGUGGUCAAAGGUCAUCCAUGGUAUGGAGAUUGGGGCUAUCGGUUUGGCGCUGGUAGUUUUUCGCUAAACUUUGAUGACUAUAAGAUGGCUGUCGCGAACCUGUCCUCUUUGCCGUUGGCUUUAUUUCAAUCUCAAGGAAGGAAGCCCCGUACACGCCUGCAGGAUUUGAUUUCGUUUUAUCAAUCCAUAUCAGAGCGUGAGCUUGUAACUAUUCGAGAUCUUUUCUGUUUCUUGAUGAGCUUGAUUCACGAUGGGCGCAAUGCCCCUAUUAGGGCUGAUGAUUCUCCUUGCAAGAAACUUAAAAUUUCAGAGUCCAGGGCCUUGUGUUCGUGGACUAUCGAGGAUGUAAGACGUGUGGAAGAUGCCAUGUUCAAGGUGUUGCGUGCUGUUAGUGGAUCCACCUGGGUGAGCUGGCGUGCUCUUAGAGGCGCUGUUUGCAAAGUAGGGACGCCGGAGCUUUUAGAUUACUGCCUUAAAGAACUUAAAGGGAAACAGGCAGCCCCCGGCAUGGUUGUCGCUGCCCGCUGUGUUUCCGACUCUGGUGCCAUGGAGUACAGACUCGAGCCAGGAAGUGCAUCCGUACAGGCUAACACAUCUAUGAACGGAUUUCCCAUGGCAAGCUAUCCAUCAGAAGAACGCCUUCUGCGGGAUCUUAAAUAUUUCUACGAGUGCAUGCUUCAUCCUGAGACAAUGGUGUUUCAUGUGCCUCCAGCUAAAAGGAAUCUUGCAGUUAGCUCGGCUACAAAAAUUCUUGAUUGCAAGCAGUUUGUGAAAGAUUACCAGCCAGAGCGUCUCCUAUCCACUUCCAAAGAAAAUGCAGUACAGCUUCUCUGUGAGGUCGAUCUCAUGGAACAACCUGAAGAAUGUUGCCACAAUCCACCACCUGAGUUACUUGUUCUUUCGCCCGAUGCCACAAUUGCUGAUCUGAAGCUCGAAGCAAUGAGGGCUUUCCAAGAUGUCUAUUUGAUGUUCAGAAGGUUCCAAGCUGAUGAGUUGGUUGGUUAUGGUGGUGUUGAUGAAUCCACCCAAAUUAAGCUCUUGCUAGGAUCGACGGAAUUUGUACGAGUCCGGGGACGGUUUCUAGGAAAGAAUGGUUUGGGUAGGUUUAGAAUGGAAAGGGGAAUUGAGAGAUGGAUUGUGGAUUGCCUUUGUGGUGCGAAAGAUGACGAUGGGGAGAGAAUGCUGGCAUGCGAUGUUUGCAGCAUAUGGCAACACACUAGAUGUUCUGGGAUUCCAGACUCUGAGGGUGUUCCUGCGAAGUUUUUUUGCCACAGGUGCAGACGUGUGGCUCAAACGGGCAAGUCGAAUGGCCAAUGCAUGGAAGACAGUGCGAAUAAUGUCGCUGCUGAGACCUCAAGCAGCUCGGUCUCGAGCUUAACGAACACUGGAGUCUUGUAACUUGUAAAUGUGUUUUUUUAAGUGUUUUUUCUUUUUAAGGUCUGGUUAGAUGUGUAUAUACAAACAGGGCCUUAAAAUGAUCUCCAGUGGUUGAUGGCGUUUUGCAGUGGCAUUCCUCGCUUCGUACAUAGAAUUUGUGUGUAUUUUUUUU